CUCGAGUGUCUGCCGUCCAUUUACAGCAACAUCACCUUUGUCUUUACCGAUACGAAUACAGCAGAGCAGUUUCUCUGUCGCUAUGGCCAAGACCAGCAACGCUACCCUCUACGCUCAUUAGAGCUCUGCAUCCGCGCCACCAACCUGAUUACCGAGUUGUACUUUCCCACCGCUGGAGAAGACGACGAAGGACCACCCGCCCUCUUCGCUGGCACUGCUCGCCCGGGCUUGUCCAUGAAGAACAACCCAUGGCAACGCGUUUGUGACAUGUUGACUGAGCUCCCGAAACUGCAGGCCCUGCACAUCUGGUUCGAUUCCCGCGAUUUGCGGCCCUGGCAUAAGCGAGUCAGUGAGACGCGAUUCUUCAAAAGGCUCUUCGACGUCCGAGUCCUAGACAGGACUCGCUUUGUGCUUGCUUUGCCAGAGCUUCCUGAGAAGCGUGGAACACCGGACAUUCAAGUCCUGGAAAGUCAUUACUUGGAGGGAGACAGGAUCGAGCAUGCACCUUUUACCAUCGUCAGGGAGCCAAGGCCGAACAACUGGCAAGUGCUUCUCCAGUCUCACCCGGGCAAUAGCGUCAGCCUAUAG